AAAAAAAAAAAAAAAAAACAGAGCACUCAAAGUUUUGCAACAACCUCCAUGGAAAUGAGUGCUCUAAUGCCUAAUACCUCAUUGGAUCUCAAUACCAAUCCCCACAGGAUUCUUGAUGACAAUCUGAAACAAGAAGCUGACAGUAAUUUCAUCAAGUUGGGAAUAAGUGCCACUGUUGAAGAAGAGAGAAGGGCUUUAAUGGAAGAGCUGUGCAGGGUGAGUGCCGAAAACAAGAAGCUAACAGAAAUGCUGACUACAGUCUGCGAGAACUACACCGAGCUAAGAAACCGGUUGGUAGAGCACACAGGCAAAAGUUGUGUGGUGGAAAAUGCAAAUUGUAAUAAUAAUAAUAAUAAUAAUAAUAAUAAUAAUAAUAAUACAGUAUCAAGAAAGAGGAAAUCUGAACUGAUGGGCUUCAACAGUGUUGAUGUUAAUGUGGGGUCCACAGACAGCAGCUCGAGCGGUGAAGUUCAUUCGUCCAACAAAUCAAGGGAAGAAAUCAUCAAGGCCAAGAUUUCGCGUGUUCAUGUCCGAACAGAGGCAUCUGAUACGAGCCUCAUAGUGAAGGAUGGUUAUCAAUGGAGGAAAUAUGGACAGAAGGUGACUAGGGACAAUCCUUCUCCAAGAGCUUACUUCAGAUGUUCUUUUGCUCCUACUUGUCCUGUCAAGAAGAAGGUUCAAAGGAGUGUAGAAGAUCAGUCGAUAGUGGUGGCAACGUACGAAGGAGAACACAAUCAUCCCCACCCCUUGAAGCCCGAGUCGAGUCCCACGAGCAAUCGAAGCAUGAAACUUGGAAGAGUCAUGUGCUCAAAUGCACAAACAAUCACACUUGAUCUCACCAAACAAAACUCAAGUCCCCAAGAGAAGAGAAGCUCAAGAGGCAAAUUCGAGACACCGCAAGUACUCCAACAGCACUUUGUGGAACAAAUGGCUUCUACAUUGACCAAAGAUCCAAACUUCAAAGCAGCCCUAGCGGCUGCUAUUUCGGGAAAGUUUCUUCAGCAGAAUAAUUGAAUGGGAAAAUGGUGCCCGACUUCAGGUGCCAAGAUAAGGAUAUGGAAUUUUCAUGUGCCAUUAUCCACAUAGUGAAAUGUUCUGUCUAUCAUCUACUUCUCUUACUUGUAAAUGGUUAAUUCUUGCUGAUACGGCAAAUUUACUCCGAGACAGAGAUUUCUAAUGAAUAUUAGGGUGUUUUUCUUUAGCAGUUUCUCUUUUUCCUCCGUUGUUUCAUUCAUUACAUAUGCCGACAAGCAUACAAGGAUUCACUUGUAAUGACUUAAUGACGUAUAACCUUGUCUUUUUAUACUUGGUCUAAACUUCACG